AACCUAUCAACUUGCAGCAUCAACUUCCAGGAUAAUUUGCUUGUUGCUUCACCCUUGUAGCUUUUUCCAAACUAUCGAUAGCCACAACGACAAGAUACUAUGUGGUUGGUAUGGCUCGUACAGCACAUCAUCAUUCAAAGAGCCGGUAUCCAUCAUUCCUCAGGCCUCCCGUGAAGACUGGGUAUUUGCCUUGAAUCCUCGCGUGGUACACCAGGAAAGGACCUGUUCACGAGCAUCAUGGUCCCACAAACAGAGAUGGACUUCAUGCAUAUGUACCUAAAUAUAAAGGCUGUGAUUUCAACUGUGGUGAGUUCACUGUCUCUUGUGUGCAAAGAUCCUGCUCAGUUCCAUCUCAACCUGCUCGCACUCACAAGACACGAUGCGUCUCUCCCUUGUUCUCGCCUCCGCCCUUGCCGGCACCAUCUCUACUUCUCUUGUGGAAGCUGCGAAUGCGACACAAAAGGCCGCAUUGGCCUCCCUGCCACUCGCCCUCAGCCCAGAUCCCGAGUUCAACUUCCAGCUUCUGAUCAGCCUUGGAUCACUACCUUAUGCCGCAGGAGACAUCCUGGCUGCAGCUGCUGUCCUUGUACAGAAUAGCUUCUACAGCUUCAACACAACCUUCGCCGUACUUGCCAAUGCGACUUACGCUGCCGCAGAAAAAGCGGCUGUGCCCAACCCGGUCAAUGCUCGAAACACCUACUUCGCCGCAAGCAACUACUACAGAAGCGCCGAUUUCUUUCUCCAUGGCAAUUGGAGUGACCCUCUGAUCUUUGAAUACUGGACUGGACAAACACUCGCCUUCAAUAAGGCCAUAGCAUCCCUGCCCGUUCCAGGCCGGCGCAUCACUCUUCCAGCGGAUGGAUUUGAGACCGUUGGCACUUAUUAUGCUGUGGACAACUCGACCACCAAACGCCGCACUCUCGUCAUCAUUCAGGGCUACGAUGCUGCACAAGAAGACAGCUACAUGCAGAUGGGCGCAUCUGCGAUUCAGAGGGGUUGGAACGUUCUGACCAUCGAAGGACCUGGACAACCAACGGUUCGCAGAUACCAAGGCCUUGGUUUCAUCCCCGACUAUGAGAAAGUACUCGUACCAGCAGUGAACUGGCUUGCGAACAGGACUGAUAUUGACAUGUCGAAGUUGGCUUUGGCAGGCAUAUCCAUGGGUGGCUACCUUGCGGCACGAGCCGCGGCAUACGAACCUCGUAUCAAAGCACUGGUGCUAGAUGAUGGUGUGUGGGAUGUUCAGGCGAGCAUUGAGAGCGGUUUUCCCACAGAGCUACUGCAGAUCUACGCCGCAGGCAACCAGACUGAAUUCGACACUAUCAUUGAUGACGCGAUUGUCAACAACGCUUCGGCGUCGUCGUCGGCCAGAUGGGGUAUUGAUCAAGGUCUUUGGGCAUUUAAAACACACUCGACAUACAAUUUGUUGCAGCAAGCCGCAGCGUACAAAGUUCAAAACAUCACCCACUUGCUUAACAUACCCAUCUUAGUCGGCAAUGCAGUGGAUGACACGGAUUUUCCGGGUCAGGCUAUGGAGGUCUACCACCAACUUGUCUCGCAAAACAAAAAUGUCACCUUGCACAAUUUCACUGGACCUGCAAGCUACCAUUGCCAGGCUGGUGACUUUGAGACGGCGAACCGUGCAAUGUUGGGCUGGCUUGAGACAGCUUUCUGAGACCAGCAUGAACCAACACGAGGCAGGCAUCGACAGAUCCAACACUCCUCACGAUUGGUUUCGAUCGCAUAGUCAUCAAUCGCACUUUUGGAAUGCGGUGUCUACGGGUAGAGAUCUGGUG